UCAUCAAACUCGCUGCCUAUUGUAAAGAGCAAAAGAACAUGAAUUCUUUUUUUGCUGUGGCGUUCGGGCUGAGUAACAGCGCUGUGUCUCGGCUCAGCAAAACCUGGGAGGGUCUGACAAACAAAACCAGACGAGUGUAUCAGAGCUUUGAGAGACUGAUGGACCCUUCGCGGAACCACAGGGCCUACAGGAUGGUGGCCGGUAAACUCAGUCUCCCCUUCCUGCCCUUCAUGCCUCUGCUGAUCAAAGACCUGACCUUCAUCGAGGAGGGCAACAAAACCUUUGUCAAUAACCUCGUCAACUUUGAGAAAAUGCGGAUGAUCGCACGGACUGUGAACCUGUUUAGACGAUGUCGGACUCACUCCCAGAUGAUACCCCAGAAGAUGGAGCCAGAGAUCUCGUCUGCUCAGAUUUCGACGACUUCCGAUCAGUCCGUUUCGGUGAAGAAUCCUCAACCCAUUCGGCUUUAUGUGCGGAGCCUGAAAGCCAUAGACAACGAACAGAUCUUAUCCCAGCUUUCCCAACAACUCGAGCCUUAGAGGGAGGGGAGAUACCAGGAGCUGCUUGACCUCUUGUGGAGCAACUUUCACUCUCAGGGAUUUACCGCUCACACUCUCUCUCUCCCUCUCACUCAUUCCCUCCCUCAUUGAGUUUGUGGCAGCAAAAAAAGAAUUUAAAGGGAUCACAGCCCCUUGUAGGGGAUCACAGCGACUCUGGUCUCUGACCCUCCUGCGAUGCUUUAAAGAGCCCCAAAGAAAUCGGUUCGGAGUUUAUAUUUAUACACAGCGCCUUUCAUGCCGGGAGGAUGUCUUAAAGCACUUCA